UCUUCGCACUGCGCAUGCGCGUCUGUCCGGCGCAUGUUGAUGACACUGGGGCGACAUGGCGGUGCUGCUGGAAACAACGUUAGGUGAUAUCGUGAUCGAUUUAUACACAGAAGAGAGACCGAAAGCGUCGCUGAACUUCCUGAAACUGUGCAAAAUCAAAUAUUACAACUACUGUCUGAUUCACAAUGUUCAGAGAGAUUUCAUCAUUCAGACGGGUGACCCCACCGGCACGGGGCGAGGAGGAGAGUCUGUGUUCUGCAAGCUGUAUGGCGAUCAGGCACACUUUUUUGAACCUGAGAAGAUGCCUAGGAUCAAGCAUAGAAAGAAAGGGACGGUGUCUAUGGUGAACAAUGGCAGCGACCUGCAUGGGUCUCAGUUUCUGAUCACCGCAGCAGAGAAUCUGGAUUAUCUGGAUGGUGUUCACACUGUGUUUGGAGAGGUCACGGAGGGUAUGGACGUGCUUGCUAAAAUCAAUGAGACCUUUGUAGACAACGACUUCAUCCCUUACCAGGACAUCAGGAUUAACCACACAGUGAUUCUGGAUGACCCGUUUGAUGAUCCUGCGGGCCUCCCGAUUCCAGACCGAUCGCCUGAACCCACGAAGGAGCAGCUGGAUAGUGGUCGGAUUGGAGCAGAUGAGGUGAUAAACGCUGAAGAGGGGAGAGACGCUGAGGAGCUGGAUGAACAGAUAAAGGACAAGGAAGCAAAGACACAAGCCAUUUUACUGGAAAUGGUGGGUGAUCUGCCAGAUGCAGAUAUUAAACCUCCAGAGAACGUGCUGUUUGUGUGCAAGCUGAACCCAGUGACCACAGAUGAAGAUCUAGAGAUCAUCUUCUCACGUUUCGGAGCCAUUAAAUGUUGUGAGAUCAUCAGAGACUGGAAAACAGAAGAAUCUUUGUGCUAUGCUUUCAUCGAGUUUGAAAAGGUGGAGGAUUGUGAGAAAGCGUACUUCAAAAUGGACAAUGUCCUGAUAGAUGACCGUCGCAUUCAUGUGGACUUCAGCCAGUCAGUGUCGAAGAUCAAAUGGAAAGGCAAAGGUGGGAAGUACACCAAGGAAGAUUUUAAGGCCUACGAGAAAGACCUGGACAACAAGUCCAAACUGGCUUUGAAAGACAAUGUCAAAACCAAGAAGGACUCCCGUUAUGAGCUUCUCUUAGAUGAAGAUGAGGAUGAAAGAAGGAAGGACGACAGAGAGAAAAGAGACCGGAAACGGCAUUCAGACGAGAGGCCCAAGGACAAGAAGUCAAAGGAUCGUGAUGAGAGUCGGAGAGAAAAGGAUAAAGGCAGACAGCGUUCACGUUCAAGAGAGCGAGAGAGACACAAGGAGCGCGAGAGGGGCUGGGACAAGGGAAGAGAGAAGGAGAAACAGAGAGACCGAGGCCGAGAGAGAGACGGCGAACACAAACGCUACAGACGAGAUCGCAGCCGCAGCCGCAGCCCUAAGAGAUCGAAGUAUUACAGCUGACCACCAUAACUGUUACUGUGUGUCAACAGAGCGGGUUUCCUAAGAACUUCCUGAUUUCAGCUGUGAACGAUGUUAAAAAACACCUUGUGAUUCAUUUUUUACAUGUAAAGUAAAAUCUGUCCAUUUGUUUGCAAAUUGAGGCAAUGCUUGUGAAGUUCUAAAAGGUUUGUGGAGUUGUUGAUGCAUAUAUAUGGACUGCAGGUGAAGGUGGAGGAGGUGAAAAUGGAAUAAAAUCAGUGACAGAGUUGUGCUCAGCUAAGACUGUCAUGCAAUUGAGUCGUUACAAGUGAACUCAUUUCUUGUUGGUUAAGAUGUUUCGACAGAAAUAUUUCAGCAUUUAUAACUGAACUUCAGUGGUGAGCUGUUUGGCACUGUACAAAUCCUACUGUGGUGAAGGCUUAGCUCAUGAAUAUUAAUCUGGGUGAAUUCAUGCAAAGGGGGCCACUUUAUAUUAAAUUUGUAAUUAACCCAGAUGUUCCUUUCCUUUAUUAUCUUUGAGAUUCAGCUGUAAUAUUUUCAUUUGAAUUCACAGCAUUUUGAUGAAAGUCAAAUGUAAAAAGUGACUAACACAUGCAACUAAUAGGCUAAGAACAAACGAAAUAAGAGGAACAUUUAAAAUGUAAUAUUGUCAAACCAUAUAAAGCUGUAUUUCACUUCUCGCGUACUUUUUUAAACUCCAGA